CUUCAGCCUGAAAGGCCAUCAUGGCAGCAAAGCCCAAACUCCACUACCCUAAUGGAAGAGGCCGGAUGGAAUCUGUAAGAUGGGUUUUAGCUGAAACCAGAAUUGAGUUUGAUGAAGAAUUCUUAGAAACAAAAGAACAGUUUCAGAAGUUGCAGGAUGGUAACCACCUGCUGUUCCAACAAGUGCCAAUGGUUGAAAUUGAUGGGAUGAAGUUGGUGCUGACCCAAAGCAUCCUUCACUGCAUAGCACAUAAACACCACUUCUUAGGCAAGGACCUCAAGGAGAGAACCCUGAUUGACAUGUACGUGGAGGGAACACUAGUUCUACUGGAACGGAUUAUCAUGCAUCCUUUCUAA